CUCGACACCAUGAAGGUUAUUUCUCCCUUGAGGGUCAAAAAACGGGAUGAGGAAGAGCUGGCCUUGAAUCCCGUAUUUCGGGCUCUAAGGAAGCAGCUGGGUGAAAACAUAAUGCUUAGGUUCUGUCCUGCCCAUGAACCCAGCGUUCCUGCAGAUGAAAAGAAAGUCUUCGAGUUACACCGAGACAUACUUCAUGCUGUCUUCAUGCCCUUGAAGCAACUCAUCAGCCACGCAACCGACAUAGCAUCUCAUUCGCUCCCAGAUUAUCUUGUAUCAGACCCAGAGCUGGCUUUCCACGGUGAAGCACGCAACGCGUUUACAUGGCUUCGCUCUAUUAUUACCGACGAGCCUGACUGGUGCAUGACCAACGGCUGCCCAGCCUGCGUCGUCCUUCACAUCUUCCACUCUGAACCCCUGAUACGCAUAGUAUCUGUUGCCUGUCGAGUGUCCAACUGGAUGUCCCAUGUUGGACUGAUGGAGCCGUCCAUGAAGCUACCAAAUUUCAACUUUUGGAUGCAGUCCCUUGCGAAGGCAGUCAUUAAUGACUAUUUCUGGGGCUAUGAUUACUGGAUGGAGACGUACGACCGAUCCGUAUACAUGGAUCUGAGUACCAGAAAGCUCGUCUAUCAGUGCUUCGAGAUCCGUGAUGCUGGCUAUAAGAUCCCUCAUCGGCCGCUGGACUAUGACCCAGGCGUUACUGCAGAUGGCAGACCUAGGAUCCAUAUUGAAGAUACCCCACAGCCUUUGUUCAUGCCCGAGCAUGAGAAAUGGGAGGAACUUGUUUUGAUGGCGAAGAAGAAUAGAUCUCGCUCUCACCUACUACCUCGCACUGGAGGCCAAGGGUUUACCCCUCGAAAGCACAGUAGAAGCACAGCUGUUGCAGUGUAA